AUGGCACCGCAUCCGCCAUCGAAGGCGCUUAGCGGCUCACCAGCGUUGGCCAGGGAGACGUCGCAGACGCCGGGACGUGACACGGUACAGCCUCAACCCAUAGAAAGCGCACCCAAUGGAGUUCACGUCAACGGCAUACACGUAGAAAAUGAGGUCGAAACAUCUUCUCCUACUACGACUCCCGUGCCACAGUCGGUACAACCUCCGUCACAAUCUUCGGCACAGCCCUCACCACUGUCGACGCAACCGCCAUCAGUACUAACUCAUGUGUACCGGGUGCAAAACCAAGCAAUUCCGGCACCACUCGUACCGCAUGGCCAGCCCGCAUCCUCAUCGACUCCUCAGCCAUAUCAACAAUACCAAGGGCCUCAUUCUAGUUCGGCUCCUCCUCCAAGCAUACCCUCGCCUUCACCAUUUGGGCACUUCCACCGAGAGCCUCGAGACAUGAAUAAGUCUAAAUCUCCGAGGAGAUUUGCCUCGCCUCACUUUGAUCACGAUGCUCAAAUCCCGAGAUUCAAUAGGGAUGUAUCUCUUGUAGCAGAUGUCGUUCAGCAGGCAUGCCCAGAGGCCGUUAGGAGAGUCAUAAGAGAUAAGUGGGAGAAGUGCGUUAUGGGAAGCGAGUUCCACCACGCUUUCCUUAUGAAUGCAACUAUGCACCAUGCGAGCGGGGAUAUAAUGCGUCGCGCCAUCCGAGACUUCGGCCGGAAUAUGGUAGUAGGAGCCAAGGCGGAGAUUGCUUCUCACCUGGGCCCCGAGGAUCUAGACGACAUUGCUCCUGUGAUCCUUGAGAAAUGCAGUGACAAGUUUCUCGACAAAGCUUUGGAACAGCGUUUGAAAACAAUUGAUGCGCGAUCUUUGAUCAAUGCACUUGCACGUGCGGAGCGUCUUGGGUACGAAAAUAGUGACAUUUUAGAGGAUCAGCCCGAGAGGGUGGUCCCUGCGGCUCGGCAGCCCCAAUUUCCACAAACCGGCCCUGGCGGAACUGCAAUAACAUAUCCAGCGCAGCCCGUAUCACAACCUGUGCCUCCUAGCUCUGAUCUCAAGUGUAGGAUGUGCUGGAGGCAGUUUAAUCUUACGAGAACUUAUGAAUACCAUGUUCAGAAGCAGCUGUGUGUAAAGGCUCGACAAGAACAAUAUAGUUUCUGGUGCGAUACAUGCGGUGCUGGUUUUACAACCAAAAAUGGCAAGCAAUAUCACGAUGAAAAAGGAGUUUGUGGCUCUCAUGAUACCGCACCAGCAACCCCGAGGACUUUGGUGCCAACUCCCAUAAAUUACCCUAACCAUAUAGUGCCGCCAAGUUCUCACCCUUAUCCGAUGCCGUCACAGCCUACUAGUAGCCCUGUGGGAAACCCAAGUCCGUUAUCAGAUGACCCCUACGGACACCUUACGCAGGAGCGAAGAGCUCAAUUAGAAGAAGAAUUACGGCAGGCUGAAAUAAGCUAUAUACCCAGGUUCGCGGAAGCGGAGGCAAUUACUGACACGGAGGCGAAGAAAGCCAAGCUUGAGUCCCUGCAUAAUACUUUCAGCACUAAGCAGAGUAUGAUCAGGAAAAAGUAUGGAGUUCGCCUGAGGGUGAGACGCACUCGACAGGAGAUUGAAGCAGAGAGAUUGCGUAGAUUGGGUGUUAAGCAUGGCCCCAGUUCGCCGGGCAGUGGAGCUGGGACGCCCUCUGCUAAACGGCAGAGAAGUGAUAACGGACCCAAUGGAUCAGGCACGCCUUCGCACAUAAGCCGUGGCCCUCCGGCCCCGGCUCCAAAUCCUCAGCCUAUAAAUCAUUUAUCUAUAUCUCAGAUGAACAAUUCGGGUUUAGGUGGUUCUACGGCAACCGCAGCCACAACAGAUCCGACUGCAUCUAUAGCACCCAGCCAACUGCCGCUGCCGCCUGCUCCUGCGAAAGAAGCAUCCCCAGAAACUAGUCUGUCAUCCUUGCAGCGAAAGGGCUACAGAGUUUCAUCACAUAUUAGGCAAUCGACUCAACCUGCUUCUCCCAGUCUGGCCGAGCGCAAGGGCUCGGCAUCUAUACCAGUCGUCGUAGACGUCUCUUCGGAUUCAGAUACGGAUACGGAUAUGGACGAAAUCCCUGCCACUAUUCCGCCGAAAAAAUCCUCAUGA